UCUGAACUUGUGGAACAACAAAGAAAUAUUGGGGUUGUCCCGAGUGACUUGAGCGUAAUUAUUUAAUGAUGAAGCCAAAGCGCAAUGGCAGUACCCGAUCUGACAAGGACAAACUGAUUGAAUUGGAAGAGUCAAGCAGCGACGAUGAACACGAUUCGUUCACGAAGCCAGUUGCAACAAGUGAGGGUUCUACAUCUGUGAACGCCGAUGGUAUACAACGCCAGCUAACAGGUGUAUAUAAUACCGACCCAACGGAUGAUAUUCCACCGUUGUUGGGAAACGACGCUCCAUUCGGUCAGACUGCAAAUGCCGCUAGCGUUAGUGCCCAGCAGCUAUCGGAACCGGAGCCUGUGUUUCAUUUACGGUCCCGCACAGCGGCUGUUAACGCUGAAAGUGCACAGGCAGCAAUUGAACAGGACACCUACGAGAGUUUGGAUUAUGAGGUCUGCGAGAACAAGCUGUUUCUGGAAGAGGAGCGUAGAUGGCUGAGCGAACGUUUUUCGCUCCGAAAGGGUAUAAUGCGGUGGAUUAUUUUUAUUCAAAUUGGCAUUAUAACGGCGCUGAUUGCGUGCGUUAUAGAUAUUGUAAUUGAAACAUUAUCGGAAGUAAAGUACAACAUCUUAAAGAAAUCUGUGGACGAGAACACGCCGAUGCGUCAAGAAUCUAGCGAUCUGGUAUGGCCAUAUCUCUACUGGAUCGCAUGGAGCAUUGUUCCGGUGCUCAUUGGCACCACCAUGGUUACCUUUAUUGAGCCCAUAACCGCCGGAAGUGGGAUGCCUCAGGUAAAAAGUUAUCUAAAUGGCGUCAAAAUUCCACGGAUCGUACGCAUCAAAACGCUAGCUGUCAAAACUAUAGGUGUGAUCACGUCAGUUGUGGGUGGCCUGGCUGGCGGAAAGGAGGGUCCCAUGAUACAUUCUGGAGCUGUUGUAGCGGCAGGAUUGUCCCAGGGUAAGAGCACAACUUUCGUGAAGGAUUUCCACAUAUUCAAGGCUUUUCGGGACGAUCACGAGAAGCGCGAUUUUGUGCUGGGCGGUGCAGCGGCAGGCGUUGCAGCUGCUUUUGGUGCUCCCAUUGGUGGUAUGCUGUUCUCAUUGGAGGAGGCAGCUAGCUUCUGGAACCAGAAUCUUAUUUGGCGUACACUGGUCGCAUCAAUUAUAAGUUCAUUCACGUUGAACAUUGUACUGUCUGCAUAUCAUGGCCUUCAGAGUUUAACAUUUACGGGUCUCUUCAAUUUGGGAAAAUUUGAUCAACCUUUGACAUUUAACUAUUAUGAGUUGCCCCUCUUUAUGCUGCUGGGUAUAACUGGUGGCCUCCUUGGCGCCGCUUGGAACUCGUUAAAUACAAAAAUUAAUGGCUUUCGAAGACGUUACUUCCGCUGGAAAUUAGCGAGAGUUUGCGAGGCAGUAAUGGUGGCGAUAUUGGGUGUAACAUUAGCGUGCAUGAUGAUUUAUCUUAUUAAUGACUGUCGCCCCCUUGGAAAUGAUCCAACUGCUUAUCCAGUUCAGCUUUUCUGUGAAGAUAAUGAGUAUAAUGCGGUGGCUGCCCUUUGGUUUCAAACGCCCGAAGCAACGGUGCGAGCCCUCUUUCAUGAUCCCCCAGGAUCCCACAAAAUACUCUCACUGACCAUAUUCACGAUUGUGUAUUACAUUUUGUCCUGCCUGACUUUUGGUCUCAACGUUUCACUCGGUGUUUUCAUUCCCACUGCUCUGGUGGGCGCUGCUUGGGGACGACUUUUCGCCAUGUUGCUGUUUUAUACUUUUCCCGAGGCUAGCUUUUUACAUCCGGGAAAAUACGCACUCAUAGGGGCUGCAGCCAAUUUGGGAGGCGUACUCCGCAUGACAAUCAGUCUGUCAGUCAUACUUAUGGAGACGACUUGUAUUGAGCCGUCAUUUUUUUUCCCGCUAAUUAUUACACUUAUUAGUGCCAAGUGGGUAGGGGACUAUUUUAAUGAGGGCCUUUAUGACAUACAGAUCGAAGUGAAUCAUGUGCCAGUGCUGCCUUGGGAACCACUACCUCAAUACAAAGGUCUCACGGCUCGCGAGAUUCUCAGCAAGCCGGUUAUAUGCAUUAAGCUCCAUGACAGCGCUCAAUAUAUCUACGACGUCCUCUCGUCUAGCAAUCAUAAUGGAUUUCCCGUCGUCGACGAUGUGAAGGAUGAUCGGCGUGCCGAAGGCCGGGUACGAGGCAUUAUUUUACGUUCACAACUCAUUGUGAUAUUGAUGAAAUCCUUAUAUGUGGAGAAAAAAAGAUUCUGGCUCGAUGAGACAUCUAUCGAAACAUUCCGCUCAAUGUAUCCGAGAUAUCCAUCGAUAAAGAGUGUGCGCAGACUCGAUGAGAAAAUGAACUAUACGGUAGACUUAGAAAUGUUCAUGAAUCCAUCACCAGUCCGUGUAAAUGCGCAUGAUUCGGUGCCAAAGAUCUUCAACAUUUUCCGUGCGCUAGGCUUGCGUCAUCUAUUAGUCAUCGACAAUGAGAAUCGCAUAGCCGGCAUAAUAACGCGGAGAGACUUCCUCUACAAGUGAUAAGCCUGUUAUGCAUAAUAAUAUAUAUACAUACAUUCAGAGAAAACCCUCUUGGCCGGACCGUCGGCCAACUAUUGUUCACGCAAAGGAAGUUUACUUAAUUAGUACACCGGACAAAUGUUCGAGAAAAAGUUUCCGGAUCAAAGAGGUGCCCAUCAAGAGAGUUUCCACUCCACUUAUAAAGCUUAACCUUUAUCUUCGUAUCGAGACAAUUAAUAUAAAUGGAAUAGAUUAAAAAAUAUGCACUCGAUACUAUAGAAGAUUAUAAAAACAAUGCUUACAAUUAGCUUGUUAUUCUAUGAAUUUUAUAAGUUAAAGUGACUUGAUUUAUGUAUACUUCAUUAAUAAUAAAAAACAAUUUUUAUUUUAAUAAA